CGGUUGUUGUGGUUUGUGUAUGGUUUUAUAAAGUUUAUACAUAUGUUUUUAUAAAAGACAAAAGAAAAGCUGAUCGAAAAUCGCAAUAACGAAACUCCGAAAGUAUUAAACAUUCGGCAGCUAUAAAAGCGGGAGAACUGCAGUCAGCUGAAUUAUUUCGGAAAUCGGUUAUAUAUCUCCAGCCCAUCAUUAUCUUACAAUGGAAAGCUUGGUCCAGAAAAAGGCGGUAAAGCGAUCCCGAUCGGCGGACGAUGACGAUACUAACAACAAUCUUACCCAGCGGAAAAUCUGGGUGAACCAAAAGAUGAGCGAUACCCGCAAUCCGCAGAAAAUGAAGGAGAUCCAUGAGAAAACAACCAAAAUGCUUUUCGACGGUGCAGCCGGCAGCGGACAAGGUCAGGGCCAGGGACAGAACCCCUCGAACGGACUGGGCCAGGGCAGCCAGGAGCAGCCCGCCCUCUGCGAGCAGUACCAGCUGCUCGGCGACGGAACCAUCUUGCUGCGCAACCUUCGAGCCGACCUGUCCAACCCGCGCCUGGAGCGCCACAAAUCCCGCUGUUGCCAGCGCCCAACCCUCAUCCACGACGUCUGCGUCAAUUGUACUAUGGAUCUCUGCGAGGAGUGUGGCUAUUCCUGCGGCGAGUGCUCGAAAUUCAUAUGCCGCAGUUGCGUCACAUUGUUUGGUAAUCGUCCUGAAGAAGCCGAGGAUCCGUUGUGUGACCGCUGCCAGAUGUUCUUCGCUUAGGGAUCACCUUGCCAAAGAUCUUCGUUACCCAGAAAACUCCAACUCAUAUACAGUCAAGCGUCACAGAGGAACUAAUGGUGCUCGUUAAAUUUUAAGUUCUGAAUCAGUACAAACUUGGCACAACACAAAAGUACAUAGGUCUUUAGUUUUUAUAUAAUUUUUUUCGAAGAUGCAAAUUUUUUCACAAAUACAAAAAAAUGAACAGCU